AUGCCCGACCCGACGAAUACGAAGCCCAACGCCUCUCUAGAAACGAAGCCUAGAGGCGCAAAUAGGUCGACCAAGGUCGCUGGCAAGCUCAAAGUCCUACCAGAGCAGCCCGAACAUCUUCCAGUUAUCAGCACGAAGAGUACUGGGGAGGUUUCGCGAAUCAAAGAUCAUCCUGAAAGUCCUGGGACUGCUGGAGACAGUGAUGAUGGCGAUAUUGACGAAAAUGAAGAUUCGCAGUCGCAGGAGGAUAUCGAGGUUUACAACCAGAUCUCACUGAUUCCUGACGGUACAGCUCGACGGGACGCAUUGAAGUUGACCAAAAAGAAAGCGAAGUCUUUGCCACGGGUUACGGCUUACGCCACGGCGAGCUCCUACCGGAUGCAGGACCUCAUGAAGUUUUUCAAUGCUAGACGAAACGCAUACCACACAAAUCCCAAGCUGAUCGACGAAGUCAUAUAUACCCCAUACAUCUAUGACCCGCCGUCCAACCCCCACGAAAGCCGACCAUCCCGAGCCGGCCCCCAUGCACCAGUAGGAGACCUUCUGGGCAUACCAGAGCUGGCAGAAGAUCAGCCACAGGACAACAGCGAGGAAAGACCUGUAAAGCAGAGAAAGCGGAGCAAAUUCGACACAACUGCAACGGAGGCAGAGAUUUUCUUAUUUGACUACGGUACUGUCGUUAUAUGGGGGAUGACAGAACAACAAGAGAGACGAUUCCUUUCUUCAAUAAAACGUUUCGAAGUGGAUAAACUUGCUCCUGAAGAUAUCGAAAUGGAGGACCUCAAUUAUUAUUAUGCGAACUACAGUCGGAUCUAUAAUGAUGUGAUCACCCUUCGAAAAGGGUCUAGUUACAUGACGAAACUCUCCCUGUCGCAUGCUCUCUCACAAUCAGUUAAAAUUUCACUAUUUGAAGACCUGAUAUCGUCAACCAUCGAAGAAACGAAAGAUAUUCCAGAAGUCAUCAGCGAAACAGGAAAAAUUGGAAUGCCUCACAAAGAAAUCAUGCAACAGAUUGGUCAAUUGUUCCUUCUUCGAACAAAUAUCAACUCCGUUGGGUCGGUUCUCGAUUCUCCAGAGGUCUUUUGGGCACGCUUACCAGUUUGGCAGAGUUACCCCGAUCUUCAACCCUUGUAUGACGCAGCUCGGAGUUACCUCGAAAUUCCGCAGAGAAUCAACCUCCUCAAUACACGUGUCGAGGUUCUCCAGGAUAUGCUGCAGCUGCUGAAAGAGUCCGUCUCAAGUAAACAUGCCGAACGCCUUGAACAGAUCGUCAUCGCCUUGAUUGCCAUCGAAAUUGUUUUGGGAAUAGUGACGAUCCUUGUUGAUUUGAUGGCCUGA